GAAAAGCGAUUCCAAAAACUCUCUUAUGGGCCUGGCCGCCUCUCAGGCUUCUCUCUGGUACAAAAUAGAUAUAUUUAUGUUUAUUUUGCUCCGAGUGUCACUCGACAGAGGACGCCUCAAACAUUUAUUAAAAUUCCCCGAUAGGGAGGCUCGCCUUGGCACCAGAUUCUGGUACCUGAUUGACAGUUCGACCGAGUUGUUAGUGAUCGCGAAUUCGAGCUGAUUUUUGAGAUCUGACAAACAUUCGAUCUGAUCGAUGCGACAUUAAUUUCAUGCUCGUUCUUCUUCACUCGUUGUUUGCCAUUCGGCGAGGCUCGUCGGCGAGUAAUAUGCGUCUAACCUUAAAGUGACAUUUGAUCGAGUGACGUUCUUUGGUCAUGAAUUUUCACGCUCGGUUCUGAUCGUCGCAAACCGCGUAAACCGAGUUCCGAGAACGUUCUCGCGAGAAAACAGAUAUUUUUUUUUAUUCAAAAAAUUCAAAGAGAAGAGAUAGACGAAGAAGAAGAGGAAGAAGGGAAUUCUUCGUUGAGAGAUCAUCUUUAAUGGCCGUAUACUGGACUAUUUAAGUGACUAAUGGUCGCGUGCGAAUCGGAAGUCGCAGGUAGUUUCGAAGAUAUCUGGAUCACAGAUUUUAUAAUGUAUCUUAUACAUGUAAUAUCAAAGUAGAUCUGGCAAUUGUAUGAUGAAUAAUUCAAGGGAAAUCUUAACAACGUAUUGAAUUGUGUAAAGGUGUACACUUGAAUUAACUCAAAAUGCAACGGUGUUGCUUAAAUUACCAAGUCUUGCAAUGGCUUACUUUUUUGAUUCUGUAUACCGCACGCAGCAAUGCAGAUAUUCUAGUGUUUUCUGCAGUUGCAAGACACCAAAUAGAGGAGGAAUUUCGCGAUAUGCCUGCCAGAUUUGGGAGCAUGAUACCACCUGAUGGAAUUAAAGGCAUGGUGGUUUAUGCGGAUCCUCCUCAUGCAUGUCAGAAGAUACAACCACCGCCAAAUGAUACAGAUUAUAAGGGCAAUUGGAUAGUUUUAAUACGACGCUAUAACUGUACUUUUGAAAUAAAAGUUCGAAUGGCUCAAGAAGCCGGAUAUGAUGCUGCUAUUAUACAUAACGUAAACAGCAAUGAAUUAGAACCAAUGUCAGCAAAAGAUCCUGUAGGAAUUUUGAUACCAUCUGUAUUUGUAAGCGAUAUUACUGGAGUAGUUAUCAGGGAAAAUUAUUUAUAUGACCAACUGUAUUUUAUAUUGAUUAACGACGAUCUGCCAUUUAAUAUUAAUACACAAUUACUUUUACCCUUUGCUAUUGUUGUUGCAAUAUGUUUUCUAAUCAUAAUUAUUUUUAUGAUUGUUAAAUGUAUAAAAGAUAGGAGGCGACAACGGAGGCACAGAUUACCUAAUUCUAGUUUAAAGAAGAUUCCCACACACAAAUAUACAAAAGGUGAUCCGUAUGAGACAUGCGCCAUUUGUUUGGAAGAUUACGUAGAAGGGGAAAAAUUACGAGUUUUACCAUGUGCACACGCUUAUCACACGAAAUGCAUUGACCCAUGGUUGACGAAAAAUCGAAGAGUUUGUCCCGUUUGUAAAAGAAAGGUUUUUGCGGCUGACGAGCAAGUUGUGACAGAUGAGAGCGACUCAGACGCCGAUGACACAACACCUCUCAUUCGCGACGGUCACCAAGGUACGCAAGGAGGAACGUUCACGAGACAGAGGGAAAAUCCUUUUGAAAGAAUCUUAAGAACGCGCGGUAGACAAGGUAGACAAGACAGACAAGAGAGGCAAGAUAGACAAGAUAGUAGUUCCAGCGAUAGCAGUUCUGAUUCCGAGCAGUCCGUUGUUACUGAGGAUGAUCGGAGUACUAAUGCCGGUGAACCAUCCGGUGUUACCGUUUUUGUGGUGUCCGAUACUCACAGUAUAAACGGUGAAUCGCAAGUGUUGGAAUGUUCGGUCAGCAGUACUAAGCUGCAUACGGUAAGUUUAUGCCCAGAUGCUCAAGAGAUUCCAGGAGCUGUUGUUCACACCGUGCCAAUGCGACACGCGAAAAACACGACAAAUGCCGUGACAUCGGGUUAUCACGUCGAAAUUUCGGAUAAUACGACGGCCGCCGAUUCCAACAGAAACGAUGUUAUUACGUAAUAAUCUGACGUAGUAUGUUAUUCAACAAAUCGAUCGUGUCUCGUGGAAGGAUUUUCUUUUUUUUUAUUUUUCACGAGAAGAAGCAACUUGUACAAUGGUGCAUCGCGUUAGUAGGAGCGACAAAGGACAUUAAGGACGGAUAAUGAAAAACAUAAGUAAUAUAUUGUUAUUUAAUACAAACAAACUUUACGUUAUCCUCUUGUUCUCUCUUAAAUAAUGACUUUUCUAUACAUCAAGUAUUUUUUUGCGUUGAUAUAUCAUUUGAUUAUUUUCAAUCGCGUAAUGUAACUAUUUUGUUUUGUUUUUGUUUGUUUUUUUUUUUUUGCGAAAAUAGAUACGCUAUUAUUACAGUGAUUGUAUAUUCACAUAAAUUGAUCACAUUUUGUAAAA